AUGUCAGAUGAAGAUGAUCUGGAAGACUUUGAGCCAGACCUGGAUGGUCUGGAAAGGGAAGACGACGAGAAGGAGACAGAGGAGUGGGAGGACCACAGGAAAGAGGGAGAAGACCCUGAGGAAUGGAUGUCCACGCCCCUCACAGAGGACAUGAUGAAGGAAGGGCUUUCUGCGCUCUGCAAGACGGGUAAUGGACUGGCCCAUGCUUACGUCAAGCUGGAGGUUAAAGACAGGGAUCUGACAGACAUCUACUUGCUGCGUUCCUACAUCCAUCUGCGCUAUGUGGAUGUUUCCGAAAACCACUUGACAGACUUGUCCCCACUCAAUCACCUCACCCACCUGCUCUGGCUCAGGGCUGAUGGCAACCAGCUGCGGAGUGCCCGCUUGAACGAACUGCCCUACCUGCAGAUCGCCAGCUUUGCCUAUAACCAGAUCACCGACACUGAGGGCAUCUCUCAUCCUCGUCUGGCCAGCCUGGAUCUCAAAGGGAACCACAUCCACAUGGUGACAGGUCUGGACCCCCAAAAGCUGAUCAGCCUGCACACACUGGAGCUUCGGGGGAACCAGCUGAACAGCACCCUGGGAAUCAACCUUCCUAAGCUGAAGAACCUCUUCCUGGCCCAGAACCUGUUGAAGAAGGUGGAAGGCUUGGAAAACCUAUGCAAUCUCACUACCUUGCAUCUUCGAGACAACCAGAUUGAAACUCUGAGUGGCUUCUCCAAGGAAAUGAAAUCACUGCAGUACCUCAACCUAAGGGGCAACAUGGUGGCUGACCUGGGGGAGCUCGCCAAGCUGCGGGACCUGCCCAAGCUGCGAGCCUUGGUGCUGCUGGACAACCCGUGUACGGAGGAGAACGGCUACCGCCAGGAAGCCCUGGUGCAGAUGGCGCAUCUCGAGCGCCUGGACAAGGACUUCUACGAGGAGGAGGAGCGGGCUGAGGCUGAUGAGAUCCGGCAGAGGGUGAAGGAGGAGGCUGAGCCUGAGCCCGAACGGGAACUGGACCAGUCAUCGAUCUAG